UCCUGUUCCGCUCGUUCCAUGAGCUGGAAAACGAGCAGUUUGACUACUGGUACCACGACGCACAGCCAGAUGCCAGCAACAAGUGAGGGAUAUCGAUGUGCCUAUCAAUGCAGCAGACUCCACCUAAUGAGAUCAUCAAGCUUAGAAAUUUUGGCACCCCUUUAUCUCUCUUCACCCACUCAACCUCCCGCCUUCCCUCCCUCGCCUCUGCCCCGCUUUUCUUUCCUUUUCUACUCUACACUCUUUUUUGCAGCACUAUUCAAUUCAAAUGUUCCGUCAAAUUCUCCAGAACGGCACUCUUCGCACAGCAGUCCAGCGUCCCCUGGCACAGCGGCUCGGUGCUACGCUGCCGCAGAGCUUCCUGGGCGCACGAUUCAUCACCGACCGGGCCAAGAGCAUAAUCGAGGAGGCCGUGAAGGACAACGAUCUGAUCGUAUUCAUGAAGGGCACGCCUGACGAGCCCAUGUGCGGAUUCAGCCGCGCGGUGGUCCAGAUUCUGCAGAUGCACGGUGUGGACGAGCUGGUGGGCGUCGACUGCCUGCAGGACCCCGAGAUCCGCGAGGGCAUCAAGGAGUACACGGACUGGCCGACCAUCCCGCAGGUCUAUGUCAAGGGCGAGUUUAUCGGCGGUUGCGACGUCAUGGUGCAGAUGCACCAGUCCGGCGAGCUGCACGAGCUGCUGAUCAAGGAGGGCAUUUUGAAGGCAGACCCGGAUGCCAAGCGCGAGGAGUAACGGGCUUUCUUUUCUUUUUUUUUUUUG